AUGGCCGGACUGGAUGCGAUGGCGGGCCCGAGCUUCGCAGCUCGCUGGAAAGAGGACGGCGAACGAGCUACUGUAACGGUCAAACCUUGUCGGCUUUCGGCAGCGAGCCGCGAGCAGCGUCAGCGGCCACUCGUCGUUUGCCUCUCCAUCACCAACGCUGGGACCCGCGGCAUCCUCUGGCUUCUCAUUUGCCGCUUCAUCAGCUCAUUGUGCACGCGACAUUCAAACUUUCUUUACAUUCAAAACCUUGCCUCCCCGCCCGUCGAUCGCAGCUCGGAAGCCGCGUCCUCAUCUCCGUCUGGCCAAGCCGUCGACAAGAACCGCAAUCCACCAGCCAGACUCGAGACUCCGACCGGUCUGAAGGGUGUCCAAGGGUGUUGCCCACUGCGGCCGAUCUUCGGACCUGGCCGAGUCCCACUUGAGCGGCGCCCCAACCGUCCGCGUUCUCUUCGCUUCCUUACAAACAAACGACGGGGACCUCUUCCACUUUUGCAAGUCCGCAAAACUCUCGCGCACGCUCCAAAUGACACGGUCCGUGAACGCGAACUCGUGCAUCUCGGCACAGCCGACGCCUCGGCCCUCCAGAUCCAUGCAGCUCUGCCGCCGUCAGAGUCGCCCUUGAUCUUCCUGUUCUUGCUGGUGCGCGUGGCCUCCACCCUUCUGCAUCUGCCGCUGCUGCUACCCCUUCCCCGUGAUUUCGCGUCUCCUGCUGCGAUUGACCGCAUUCAAGCUGUCUCGCUACGAAACGUCGGCUCUGCUGUCGCUGUCUACCGGCAGUCUUUGACCUCGUCGUUGCCUUUGCCUCGGGUGCUUCAUCCGUUUUGCAUUGCCGCGCUCGGCUCUUCCGAGCUAUCAGGACCUGAUCACUUGUUCCCACUUCUGCGGGGCUCGGUUGACCUAGACUCGACUCUCUCGCCUCAUCUGGCAUGA